GGAGGAAGGGGUGGGGCCAAGAGAGGCGCAGAAGACCGAAGUUGGGGCCUGAGCAGCGCGUGGUCAUGUUGGCCAGUGGGGCUGUGGAUCCUGGCCUCCCCGCGGCUGCUGCCGCCCCCUCGCCCGUCCAGGCCCGACAGCCCGGGACGGGGCACUUGUUCCGGCCUAUUAGCGCUGAUGACGAGGAGCAGCAGCCUACCGAGAUCGAGUCGCUGUGCAUGAACUGCUACCGUAAUGGCAUGACGCGCCUCCUGCUCACCGAGAUCCCCUUCUUUAGAGAAAUAAUCGUGAGCUCCUUUUCCUGCGAGCACUGUGGCUGGAACAACACGGAGAUCCAGUCGGCAGGCAGGAUACAGGACCAGGGAGUGCGCUAUACUUUGACCGUCAGGGCCCAGGAGGACAUGAACAGAGAAGUAGUGAAGACUGACUCUGCCACCACAAGGAUCCCAGAGCUGGAUUUUGAAAUUCCUGCCUUCAGCCAGAAAGGAGCUCUGACUACUGUUGAAGGAUUGAUCAGCCGUGCCGUCUCUGGCCUGGAGCUGGAUCAGCCCUCACGAAGGGCGAAUGAAGAAGCCACGGCUGAAAGAAUUGAUGAGUUCAUUGUCAAACUGAAGGAGCUAAAGCAAGUGGCCUCUCCUUUCACCCUGAUCAUUGAUGAUCCCUCAGGGAACAGCUUUGUGGAAAACCCACAUGCUCCCCGGAAAGAUGAUGCCCUGGUGAUCACACACUAUAAUCGGACUCUACAGCAGGAAGAGAUGCUGGGGCUCCAGGCAGAGGAACCAGAAGAGAAACCAGAAGAGGAAGAUCUCAGAAACGAAGUGCUCCAGUUCAACACCAACUGCCCGGAAUGCAAUGCUCCAGCCCAGACCAACAUGAAGCUAGUUCAAAUUCCCCACUUUAAGGAGGUUAUCAUCAUGGCUACCAACUGCGAGAACUGCGGCCAUCGGACCAAUGAGGUGAAAUCUGGAGGCGCAGUAGAGCCCUUGGGCACCAGGAUCACCUUCUACAUCACUGAUCCCUCAGAUAUGACUCGAGACCUGCUCAAGUCCGAGACAUGUAGUAUGGAAAUCCCAGAGCUGGAAUUUGAACUGGGAAUGGCUGUCCUUGGGGGCAAGUUCACCACACUGGAGGGGAUACUGAAGGACAUCCAGGAACUGGUGACCAAGAACCCUUUCACACUGGGCGACAGUUCCAGUCCUGGCCGGACAGAGAAACUGCAGGAGUUUAGCCAGAAGUUGAACCAGAUCAUUGAGGGUAACAUGAAGGCCCACUUUGUUAUGGAUGAUCCAGCAGGAAACAGCUACUUGCAGAACGUGUACGCACCAGAAGAUGAUCCUGAGAUGAAGGUGGAGCACUAUAAUCGCACAUUUGACCAAAACGAGGAACUGGGGCUCAAUGACAUGAAGACGGAGGGCUAUGAGACAGGUCUGGCUUCCCAGCGGUAGCCGUGGGUGGUUCCCGGCCAGCCUCCAGUGCUGCUCAGACCGCAGGGUUAUAUAUUGCUAUUGGAAAAGACUGGAGUGGCCUCCCUACCAGGCCUUGCCCAUGUGGGGAGGACACCUGGUCUGAGUCAGAGAUCUGAGCACAAUUUCUAAACAGUUUGUGACGGAAACGCAAGCCUCUUGGGUUACUUGACCUUGUUUUGGAGGAUUUGAAUUGGCCUGCGAAGAAACCCAGAAAUGAACCAUCAGGCAUGUCAUUGUCAUUUUUUUCCUAUAAAGUCUUUACCCUCCCUCCACACAAUGCUCUCUCAUGUCAAGUUGGAACUCUGAAGAGCUGGAGAAGGUGAAGACAGCUACGUCUGGAGUUUGGAAGUUGGUUUGGGUGUAUAAAAUACUGACUCUCAACAGGAAGAGAGUCUUCUGAGGGGAGGGAGUCUAGGACAGGUGAAGAAGUUCUCAUUAAAAUGGUGGCUUUCAAACAGCA